UCUGCUGAAUAAUAUAUAAAUCUAAUUUCAUUGCUGAGAAUUAUAUCGUGUAAUAAUGAAAUGUGUCAUACCGUGCGCCAAUGUGAAAGUUAUGGCGAGAGCUUUUCAUGCUUUAGCAAAAAUUGGAGAGGAGAUGUAUGUUAUGCCACAGGAGAGAAGCCUGUCAUUUCGUUCAGUAAGCAUGGCUAACUCAGCUUAUUGUGAUUUCACUUUUGGAGAACACUUUUUUACGCAUUAUAAUUAUGGAAAUCUCAGUGACAAUGAUGCACUCAAGUGUAAAGUCCCCAUGCGAGCUGCAAUGGCUGUCUUCAAGACCCCGGGUGUAUUAGAUAAAUUGAUUGAGAGUUGCCAGAUCAGGCUGCAUCCAAAUGCUAUUAAACUGAUGAUAAUCUUGAAGUACAAAAACAGCGUCACCAAGAGAUUUUUAUUACCCAUCAUCGACUGCGAAGCAUUACAGGCGUCAUAUGACACAGACACAGCCUCCAACCAAAUUAUUGCUCAUCCAAGUAUUCUCGGAAAUGCUCUCCACAACUUUCAACAGAAUCUCAUUGAAAUUACACUGGACGUUAGUGCUGAUAAAAUGUUGAUGAGAAAUUACAUCGAUGACACCUCUAGUAGUACAAAUGCGACGAGGACUCAGCUGGCCUUGGCAAUUGGUGAAUUUACAUCCUACAAAAUUGAUAAAGCUGCUUGCUUAACAUUUUGUUUGAAGGAAGUAAGAGCUAUAUUGACGUUUGCAGAGAUGGUAGGUACUCAGCUCAGGAUUCAUUUUGAAAGCGCUGGAAAACCAGUGAUAUUCCUGUUGAAAAGUGCAGCAUUCGAGGCCCAUCUAGUCCUCUCAACACUUGAUCCGGAGAAUCAGUACCCACCUGAUACCACAAUUCGAGAUAAAAGGCAGACAUCCAAGAAGAGGACCGCCGCAAAAUCGAAGAAGCAAACUGCCCAGAAGAAAAAAGCAAAUAAUAUUGAACGAUCAACCAAGACUGCAGAGACUUUUGGCAAUAUUUUGGCAUUAGUCCAUCAGAGAGAUAAAAAUCCAGGCAAUUCGAUUAUUGAUGAACCUGAGCUGAUUUCAGCAAUUAGAUCAACGAGUAUUGAUUCAAGAACCACCAGCAAUGGAGUUUCAACUGCUAAAUCUCAAAGGAUAUCGACAAUUUCCACUGUUCAGUCCUCAGGUAGUGCAAUACCUAGAAGAACAUCCUUAUUUCCCAAUCCAUUGGAACGUCGUCACAGAGAUUCUCAGGAUGACAAUGAGAAUGACGAUACCGUACCAGACUCGCCUCCACCACCGGCCAAAAGAGCCAAAACUAUUUUCAAGAGGUGCUUCGAGAACACUUUUGAUCCAAAAAUGCUUCCUGGCCAUGAAACACUCCUCGCCAAUGUUUCAGAUGAAGAAAACAUUUGAAUUGAGUCAAUUCAAACCGUAAAAUUUCCAUGAACAUAGAUAAUUUAUUGUUUCUCUGCGAAUACAUGUAUUUUUGCUAUAUUUUUGUACUUUCAUAAUUUUAGAAUAGAAAUUUA